AUGUCAUCAUCUUGGUCUACAUGGGUCGAGCGCUUCAUGGCAGAUAAAACUAACAUGGAGAAAUGUGGAAUCUAUGGAAAAACAAACGGAGAACCUUGGGCCGUAUCGGAAGGAAUGGCGGCAACUCCCGAGGAGGUCCAACAUAUCAGUUCCAACUAUGACGACAACGACAUAUUUUUCACCGAGGGAUGUCGAAUCGAGGGAAAGAAAUUCAAUUUCCUGAGAAAAGUGGAAGAAGUCCUGGUUUUCAAGAAGAGUAAGGAGGACCAAAACGAGGCUACCGGAAGUGAAAAAGCAGACAUGCCAUUUUUACUGGCGAUGAAUACCAUUCAAGCGUGUCUGAUAGGAAUCUCAAAGGGAGACGAGGAGAGCAAGUUUAAGGCGAUACGGUUGAUGGAAACUAUUGCCGAGGAACUGAAAAAGACAAAGUAUUAA